GAGCAAAACGCAAGGAAACGCAGACAAUCUCCGAGGAGGAAGGGGGGGCUCAUCCCGAUUUCCGAAGUGCCGUCCGAAACCUCGAAUCCGAAUUCCGAUAUCGGCCUCGAAUUUCGGAGCUUCGAUCGUUCCCUUGUCUGUCUCUGUCCCCCCAGGAGGUUCAAGCAUAUGGUGGAUCUGUUCUUCAUUCAUUUAGCUAAAGCAUAUAAGAGCCUUUGAUUGGUCGAGGGAGGGUACUGCUUCUCAGAGGUGGCUCGACUUCUGUGAGCUCAGUGUCCUCUCUCAUUCGCCUUCUGUCAGCUCGUUUGUUCUCCUUCCAAGGCUUCUGUUAUCCAGAAAGCACUCGUCAUAUUUGAAUCUCAUCAAAAGGAUCAAGACUUUCUACAGAAAAUCAGUUUUGGAUUGAAACUGACACGAUGGGAUCCGUCUGUUGCUGCUUGCAAGCUCGAGAUUUUGAAGAUGUUCUCCGGAGCAGUUCUACAUAUAGGAACUGCAUUUGCUUUAAUUGCGUGGUCGAUAAUUUUUUGUACGUGUACACAAUGCUAUUUCGAAGGGAGAUUCAUGCCAUCCCUUCUUCCAUUCAGGAAGCAUCCACAAUGACUUCUACAGCGUCACCUGACAAUUAUUUUUCUGACAUGUACCACUCUCCUCCAAGGCCUUUGCCCUAUGAUACAGAGCCAAGACGUUUAUGCAUGCAGAGGGAGGGAUUGGUUCCAAUGCACGAGAAGGGUUCAAGUCAUGCCAAUGAGGAAUCAGAACCUCUUAGAAGUGAUACGGAUGGGGAAUCGGAUAAUAAUUGCUCAGAAGGCAAAUGGACUAACUAUGCACAUGAAAAAGGUUUUAAAGAACAAUCUUAUAAGACCUCACUUAGACCUUCCUCAGCAAAAGCAAAUGCUGAUAUUGGGCAUAUUUAUACGACAUCAGAGGAGGAAGAUGUUUGUCCGACAUGUCUUGAAGAAUAUACGCCUGAGAAUCCAAGAAUAAUGACAAAAUGCUUUCACCAUUUCCAUCUUGGUUGCAUAUAUGAGUGGAAGGAGAGAAGUGACAGCUGCCCUGUGUGUGGCAAGGUGUUGGUGUUCGAUGAGACCUGAUCUUCCGCGAAUGCUCAUGUUGAGGAUACUGUCAGCACUGGGAAGAGAAAAGAACCUGUUAAUAUACAUGAUUGACCGUAAAGAAGUCUCUGUGCAUAUUCCCAUUUCUCAAACAUUCUUUUCAAAGUCCCAUUAUAUAUUCCUUCUAAAUUAUCUUCAUACUUUGUUUAGACUUGGUUAUGCUGCUCGGAACUGCAAUUGUAAAUAUGAGCGAAAGCUCAAGUGCAUAUUGAUAAAUGGAUUUGUGAGGUCAUUGCCUUUCAA